CCGACUUUACCUGGGAUACUUCACUACAACAGCACCAGUGCUAACUGUAACCACUCACCCAGCAAAAUGUCAAUCAUCCUCGCCCUUCUCGUCUGCCUGCCAAUGAUCUUUGGCCAGGAUCUGAACAACAUCGCCGACGCCUCAUUCAGGAGGUUGGACGCCAACCAUGACGGCCACAUCAGCAGAUCUGAAGUCGACAACUACUUUGAUAACUACGACCAAAACAACGAUGGCCAUGUGACCAGAGCUGAAUACGGCCACCAUGUUGACCAACUGUACCAUGACCCAGCCGUCAACAGAGUCCUCCACGGCAUCUUCAACGGUCUAGACAGCGACAAUAACAACAUCCUCAACAACGUUGACUACGCCGCCCUCUUCGCCAGCGCUGAUGCCAACAGCAACAACCAGGUCACCGAGCAGGAAUACAGAACUUAUUUCGCCACCCUCACCAACUAAGCUGGCUCAAAAACAUUUUUUUCUAAAUUCUUAUGUACUGUUAAAAAAAUAAAACAUUGUUUUAUAAUG